CGUGAUCUCGUCGUUACCGAAGAUGACUUGCUCGAGGCUAGAGAUACGGCAGCUUCUUACUCUCUCGAGGAUGUGCGCAGGAUAUUGACCAUUGUACACAAUCGUCACAAACAUGAUCUCAAUUUCCCUUCCGCCGUGCUUCUCAGAAUUGGAGACUUCCUCGACAAUGACUUCAUCUUUGACAAUCCUGAAAAGCACCAUCGCCUCAUCGAGGAGAUGAAGAUUGAAACCGCCCUCAUUGUCAACAACAGUCCAUAUGCCCCCGUCCGGGCCAUCGUCGACAACCAUGAUGACCCGUCUCUCCCCGUAUCCACGGUCCGUGCCUGGUGCAUGGGCAUCGUCUUCGCCUCCGGCGUCUCCUUUAUCAACGCCUUCUUCGCCAUUCGACUGCCAGCAAUUGCCGUGGGCAGCAAUGUUGUCCAGCUGCUAGCCUAUCCAGUUGGCAAGUUCCUGGAAAAGACCCUCCCUGAUUGCGGUUUUACUCUCUUUGGCGUUCGACAUAGCCUUAACCCAGGCCCCUUUAACAAGAAAGAGCACAUGCUCGUGUCUCUCAUGUCCGCCAUCUCCGUCAGUCAGCCCUACACAAACAACAUCAUAUGGAUUCAGUACCUCCCCAGGUUCUUCAAUCAGGCCUGGGCCAAGAGCAUGGGUUACCAGCUUCUCGUCGCUCUGUCCACCAACUUCAUCGGCUAUGGCUUGGCUGGCCUUUGCCGCCGCUUCCUUGUCUACCCUUCCUUCUGCGCCUGGCCGUUGACCCUCGUCACUAUCGCCCUCAAUUCGGCAUUUCAUGCGGAUGAAAAUCCUGCCGUUCCCGGCCCCUUCAACAAGGUGUGGACCAUGUCUCGCUUCAAAUUCUUUGCGUUUGCUUUUCUCGCCAUGUUUUGCUGGUUCUGGGUGCCUGGAUAUCUCUUCACAGGACUCUCCGUCUUCAGCUGGAUGACUUGGAUUGCGCCCCAGAGUAAGACCGUUGGUAUCCUCACCGGGUCGACGUCGGGCCUGGGCUUUAACCCUUUUCCAACAUUUGACUGGGCCGUUCUCACCACCGACAUCGAGCCACUCAUCACCCCCAUCUUCAGCACCAUCAACCUCUUCUGCGGUACCUUUUUCUUUGGCCUCGUCAUCUUGGCCAUCUACUACACCGACAGCUUUCACAGUUCCCACUUUCCCAUCGUCUCUAAUACGCUCUUUGACCGCUUCGGCAAGGCUUACAACGUCUCCUCCAUUAUCGACAGUCGCGGUAUCCUUGACCCCGAUGCAUACCAUGCCUAUUCGCCUCCCUACGUCUCUGCCGGCAACACAAUCACCAACUUUAGCUUCUUCACGAUUUACACCGGUGCCCUCACCUACGGCCUGCUCUACCACCGCCAUGACGUGAUCCACGGCUUCACCUCGCUCUUUAACAGCUUCCAUCCGUCCAAGAAGAAGGAGAUGGCCGAGGCUGAGGCUCUAGAUGUUCAUAACCGCUUGAUGAAAGCUUAUAAGGAAGUUCCUGAGUGGUGGUAUCUAUCAGUCCUGGCCGUGAGCAUAGUACUCGGAUGUGUCGCCUUGGCUCACUACCCAACGUACACCUCGCCUGGCGUCGUCUUCUUCGGGAUCGCAUUGGCCCUCAUCUUUGUUGUGCCCACGGGCAUUAUCCUCUCCAUGACCGGCAUAGAGGUGUCUCUCAACGUUCUGGCCGAGUUCAUAGGCGGUUCCUGGGUCGAGGGAAACGCCUUGGCCAUGUGCUACUUCAAGACGUUUGGCUACAUCACCUGCUCGCACGCCCUGCACUUCAGUGCCGACCUCAAGAUUGCCCACUAUCUCAAGAUUCCGCCGCGCAUCAUCUUCUGCGCCCAGAUGAUUCCCACACUCUUCUCCACCGUCAUAUGCGUUGCCGUCUUGCAGUUUCAGAUAAAUCUCGACAACGUCUGCGCCCCGACCGGCGCCCCCUACGCCUUUACUUGCCCGAAUGCAAAUUCCUUCUUCACCGCCGCCGUUCUCUGGGGCACUGUUGGCCCCAGACGGCUGUGGGGGGCCAACGGCACCUAUACUGCCACUCUUGCCGGCUUCCCCAUUGGUAUUGCCGUUGUCCUUGUCUUUUGGCUGCUCGGUAAGAAGUUUCCCAGGAACUCCAUAUUGCGAAACGUCCAUCCCGUCGUCAUGCUGUAUGGAGGCUGUCUCUGGAACCCGCUCAACCUCACCUACAUAUGGCCCGCUGUGCCCAUUGCCUGUGUCUCUUGGCUCUGGAUCAAGGUCCGUUAUCUGGCAUUUUGGGCCAAGUACAACUAUAUUCUGUCCGCUGGUUUCUCUACCGGCCUUGCCAUUUCUGCCCUCAUUCAGUUCUUUGCCCUGACGUACCAUGGCAUCCACCUCAACUGGUGGGGGAACACUGUAAUCACCAAGGGCUGCGACCUCUUUGGCCUCUGCAGGCUGAACCCAAUGGCUCCUGGAGAGUCUUUUGGGCCCGGUCCGGGAGAAUUUCGAUGA